AUGCGGCGCUCCGCCAUUCUGCGGCGCACAUCCCGCCGUAGUCCGGGCGGGUGGACGGAUCCAACGCUGCAACAGGCGGCUGCCUAUGCGAAGGGCGGUGCAACCACCGGUGGGCCGUCAACGACGUUUGCGAGCGCCAACUCCUCUGCGGUGCGGCGGGCGUUUGGCGUGGAGGACUUCUCAAUGAUUGAGCGGCAGCAGAUGACCCUCACCAAGUUGCUGCGCAUGACGAUGGAUGCUACGUUUAAGCCGAAGGACCCUGACAGCCGCUCAAAUGGUGGCGACGGCGCCACGCAGCGGGCGGCACUGCGCGAGGAGCUCAAGACAAUGGACAACCGCAUUACUCCCUUCGCCCACGACGACAUCCUCAACGACUACCUCAAGAACAUUGUCGGGAUCAGCGGCCCGUCGGGACAACAGGGCGACAGGGAGUUGUUGCGGGGGCGAUUGGUUGGCCUACUCUUCUUCACAGAGUCGGAGCGAUCGCUGUCAUUUAUGCGGAGACUCCAGCCCGUUCACCAGACGCAUCGCCAGGAUUUUGUCGUUGUUGCCAUUUCGCUGGCAGGCAAAGAGAUGAUGGACGUGACACGACAGUACGGCUUCUUCCACUGCACCCAUCGCAACGGUGCGACGUGGGUGAAACGGGAUGCGGGUCUUAUGGUGCGACCGGUGACGCCUCUCCCGCGCCUGAUUGUGGUUGACGGCACAACUGGUGCAGAAAUCACGCGCAGUGGCGUCACAGCGGUGAUAACGCACCCCGACACGUGCUUCGCCGCGUGGCGUUGCGGGGAACCUGGCCACGAGUGGUGGGACUACUUCAAAACGCUUUACAUCUAG